UAAAAUGACUUGGGGUGAGGAAACGAAUGGCGUAGUCACAUAUCACAUUUCCUCAUUUGUGAAUUGAACAAAGAGAAACAAUGGCAGUGAGAGUGAACUGUUCGUUACAGAACACACUCUCUCUCCUCAACCCUUCCAUUCUCUCACUCCGUUCCACACUUUCCCCUCCCCUCAAAUCCAAGCCCCAUUUCAAUUUCUUUUCAAAUCCAAACCCUUCUCGACGUGCUUUGUUCUGCAACUGCGCCACCCUCACUCCCUCAAAUGAAGAACCCUAUGUCAUCACCACACCUCUCUACUACGUCAACGCCCCUCCCCAUAUGGGUAGUGCUUACUCCACCAUCGCCGCCGAUGCCAUUGCUCGCUUUCAGCGGCUAUUGGGAAAGAAAGUUAUAUUCAUUACUGGCACCGAUGAACAUGGUGAGAAAAUUGCAACUGCUGCCAUGGCCCAGGGUUCCACUCCUACUGACCAUUGCAAUCUCAUUUCACAAGCUUACAGGACUCUUUGGAAAGAUCUAGAUAUUUCGUAUGACAAGUUCAUUAGAACAACUGAUAGCAAACAUGAAGCAAUCGUGAAGGAAUUUUAUUCGAGAGUGCUUGCCAGCGGCGAUAUUUACCGAGCUGAUUAUGAGGGACUUUAUUGUGUUAGUUGUGAGGAAUAUAAGGAUGAGAAGGAAUUGCUUGAUAAUAAUUGUUGUCCAACCCACCUAAAGCCUUGUGCUUCAAGGAAAGAGGACAAUUACUUUUUUGCACUGUCAAAAUAUCAGAAGUCGUUCGAAGAAAUUUUGAAUAAAAAUCCAAGUUUUGUGCAGCCAUCUUUCCGUUUAAAUGAGGUUCAAAGCUGGAUCAAAAGUGGCUUGAGGGACUUUUCCAUUUCCCGAGCAUCAGUUGAUUGGGGCAUACCUGUUCCGAAUGACAAGUCUCAGACAAUAUAUGUAUGGUUUGAUGCUUUACUAGGCUAUAUAUCAGCACUAUCUGAUGACCAGGAAAAACCUGAUUUACUAAAUGCUGUUUCUUCAGGUUGGCCAGCUACACUGCACUUGAUUGGUAAGGAUAUUCUACGUUUCCAUGCCGUUUAUUGGCCAGCUAUGUUAAUGUCUGCUGGAUUAAGCCUUCCCAAAAUGGUAUACGGCCAUGGAUUCUUGACAAAGGAUGGCAUGAAGAUGGGAAAAUCACUAGGAAAUACGCUUGAACCAAACGAUUUGGUGAGUAAAUUUGGAUCAGAUGCAGUUAGAUACUUCUUCCUCAGGGAGGUGGAAUUUGGCAAUGAUGGGGACUAUUCAGAGGAACGCUUCAUCAAUAUCGUAAAUGCACAUCUUGCCAAUACAAUUGGAAAUCUUCUUAAUCGUACACUAGGACUUCUGAAAAAGAACUGCCAAUCAACUCUAGUAGUGGAUUCAGUUACGGCUGCAGAAGGAAAUGCGUUCAAGGAUAAUGUAAUGAGGCUGGUUGAUAAAGCUCGUAGUCACUAUGAAAAUCUCUCUCUGACAUCAGCUUGUGAGGCUGUUCUAGAGAUUGGUAAUGUAGGUAAUUCCUAUAUGGAUGAACGUGCCCCUUGGUCUCUCUUUAAGCAAGGAGGUACUGCUUCUGAAGCAGCUGCCAAGGACCUUGUAAUUAUAUUAGAGACAGUGAGAAUUAUUGCCAUUGCACUAUCUCCUGCUACCCCAAGCUUGAGUUGGAGAAUAUAUGAACAACUUGGCUAUUCCAGGGACCAAUUUGAUGAAACAACAUGGAGUGACACCAAGUGGGGUGGACUUAAAGGUGGCCAGGUCAUGGCUCAACCUAAACCAGUUUUUGCUAGGAUUGAAAACCAAACUGAAGUGGAAGACAAAGGGGUUGCAGUCGGUAAGACUCCGAAAAAUAAAGGGAAGUUGAAACAAGCUCAACAAGUUGCUGGAGCUUAGAUGCUUCGCCCUUUUCUUAAUUAUUUUUGUUUUCAUCAACUUAUGUAAAACUAACUCUUUUGCUAGUAUAUGUACACAAAUAUUUAUAUAUGGGUACAUACAUAUGCAAUAACAGAUUUAUGUGCAUUAUGCAUGUGUACGUAUACAAAUUUUGAAUGGAAUUUUCAAUAUUUUUUUUUU